UGACAAAUCCAAAGCACCUCAUUUCUCGUAAAAUAGCGUUUGCUCGUCAGAAUACGCGGAGAGACAGGUUUCUUUGCCGUUCGGUACAAAGCUAGCUCUGCAAAACAUUAGAAUCCAUUGAAAAACUGAGUCUUUGCAGACCGGAAGUUUCACGGUUGAUUGAUCAAUUUGCGGUUAACUUGAGCACAAUGCACGGAAUUUUCUUACAGAUAUAAAGACCACGUCUCGUGAAAACUUCCUGUGAUCAUCAUUCGAAUUGUUAGCAAGGACUCGUACUACGCCGAUCCUGUGGAAAGCAUUCAAGUGCGCCAUUGUAACAUUGUCUUCGCAUCGGUGAAUCGACUUCUGCAACGUAACUAAGCAAUCUUCAAACUCACACGCCGAUAUCAAAGUGCUGCGGCUUUCGUGAUCGCAGAGAGUUUUUAUUUCGGCCAUCGAAAGCUCAUUCUAUAUUUAUUCUGAUUUUGUUCGGUCACCAAACCCCCACGCCUUCGCUGUUGCACUUCAACUCAAGCAUGAACAGUUUGGAAAUGACCGACCCGUACGAGGAGCACAUGCUUAAUGUAAACGGGAAACCGAUCACAUUGGACGAUAUUUUGGAAGAGACAAGUCUGUACAUCAACUCCAGCCUCUUUCCUGUGCCUGCGGAUCCAGGUACGAUACCAUAACGUAGAAUUAAUUUGGUUUGAUAAAAACAGCGACAUAUGACUGGCAACUUUAUAUUAAACAUGGUCGUUUUCUCUGGGAUCGCUGUCACACCAAUGGCAGUGCCCGCCUUACUAGUAAAAUAAUUCACACCUGUAACUUACUACCAGUGGGGACUGUGAGGAAAACGGUGAAAUUCUUACAGAGAUUUUGUUUCAUCCUUUUUCUCUGAGCUCCUUUUAUUGCUUAAUUUUAAAAUUUAAGUUCUUAUAGUUCACUUCUGCCCUGUCUGAUGAGAGGUUCCUUGCAGCUGCGAUGUCAGAUUUGAGAUUACAGCCACUCUAAUCUUUAAUAAUAUUCCUGCAAUAAUUUAUCCUCGGUACUCAACUUUAAUAUAAAUCAGUGUUUUAUCUUGGCAUUCCAUUUCCUUUCAUUAGCGUUUUUAUUAUUAUUAUUAUUCUAGUUAACUCCGUUUUAGGCUAAAUCGAUAGUCAAUUACAUAGCUUGUUUCACUAAAUUUCCUCUUAGUCAGCUUUCGAUUGCGUCUGAGUUGUGUUAGUGGUUCAGUAAAUUUUACUUUCAAUCUGUCAGAUGCAUGGCUUGUUAAUAAUGUGUUCCGAUUCCUUUCAAUGCCUUCAAACAAUUCGGAUGACAGAAGAUUAUUCUGUUUAUUUUGUUGACCGUGGCCUGUCAGUUUCGUUGUCCAUUUCGCCGUAAGCUAAGCUCACUCUAAAGUCUAUUUCGUUACGGUCGGACUUUUAUUAUAAAAAAUUCAUUCUACGCAAUAAGUAAGAUUGGCUGUCUGCAGUUUAUACAUGACUUAUUACUGUAAAUUAACUCACGCUUAUUAUCGAGUUGAAAAAAUUCUUUGUUAUGUUUAUUGUCGUGAGGAAAUCAUGCAAUUUAACACACGUUCGAACGCUCCACCGCCUUCAUUAUACCUAUAAAUAAAUAUUUCUCUCAUGGUAGGCCGUAAUCUAACUUCAAUCCACAAAAAAUCAUUCAAUAUUGCAAAUUUACCUGGAGAUGAAAUUCGACGUUAAUUUCCGGCUCGGUUCUAACAUGCACAUUAAAACCUACAGCAUCAUUACUUUAACGGUGUCUGACAUCAUGACUUGGCAAAGGUUAUAGCCCAUCGAUCAUCACGCCGAGAUAUUCGAUCUGUUACUAUUCUUUUACUUGUGAUAGCUUGUAAACUUACAUUUUAUUUUGCUUGUGAGAGAAAUAUUCUUUUGAGACUUUUUUCACCACUCGCGAUUUGCAAAACGUAUACAAAAAAAAAAAGCUUUUUGAUGGCGGAAAUGUAUAAAGUCGCCAAAAAUCAGCAACAUCAGAGUUCUUAAAGAAAUAAAUAUUGAAAAAAGACAUCGCAGAUAAAAUUUCGUAGGACAAAAGGAAAAUAUUUUUUUUGCUUAUUUGAUUUUGCAAAAAGCGCAAGUCACAUAUCCUUUCUAUUCCUGUGAAACCGACCCCCUCCCCUCCCCCAAGGGAAAGGGCAUUCUCGAUAUUGCCCGAUACUCGGAAUGUCACGAACGCAGAACUAGUUUUACAAGUUUACAGGUUAAAGACUACUUUUUUGCUGCGCGGUCGUGUUUUCUAGAGUGACUCACAUCAUCAUUAUACGGCGUUAUCUGUUGGUGUUGUGCAAUACCAGAAGUCGCAAAUUUAUGCUGAACACGUCUGCCCUUUAAAAAUGUGGUGUCCACAUCGUCAUUAUCUUUGUUUUAUAAAACUCCGCGACUUUUUCUGCACCGAUGUAAGGUCAAAACUUUUGACUUCUUUGAAACUAAAAAUUAUGCGACGCUUUGGGGCCUAGUUAAGUUAAAAGAAGUUUCCGGAUGAAUACAGACGUUCAUAUAUUCACGAGUAUCAUAACUGUUGUCCGUCUCUGUCCCUCAAAUUGGAUAGUUUGUGAUGUCCUAGGAUAUAUUUUAAGCUGUGCAAUGAAAGUGGAAAACAAAAAGUAAAGAAAUUAAGUCGUUGGCAAAAUAGGGUUAUUGGCUCAUUGCGCAACUUACCAUGUCUAUCAUUGCGCGAAGGGUUAACUUUCUUUCGUGCUGCCUGUAAAAACUCUUAAUCAUAUCAUCCCACUAAUUUGGCUUGCGUUUCUUUAGAAUAUUUCAACGUAUGGUACAUGUGCGUCAUAAUAGAUACAAAUAGAUUUUUACUUUAUGUAUAUUGUUUGGCCAAGGCCAAAUAUCUGUAACAUCAACAGUAUUGUUCAUUGUUCUCUUAACAGUGUUAUAUGACUUACAUUAUUUGCGCUAUUUGCAAUAUUGUAUAAACCCUUGUCUUUCCCAGACAGUGUUUUUUGUAGUUAUUUAGUUCAUACAAACUUAUACUUCUCAGAAGUACACAGUUGUCUUAACACAGACGAUUAAUUCUACAUACUAAAUGACAAAGGAACCGUGAGUUGUUUUUAAAAGCAUAACACAGUACGUGUACUGUAUUAGAGUCAAGUAGUGAAUCUUUUUUGACGAAACACGUAAGUUGAUGAAAAUGAGUUCGCAGACGUCUUUUGCGAUGUUUAUUUAACUAUUAGCAAAGUUUCGAAAGGUCUCAUUUGCGCGAACUAACAAAUGUAACGGGAUUUUUUGUGGAGGCUAAACUCAUCAGCAGCAAUUUUUAAACGCCGUUUGAGGAACUUUUGUCAUUUUUAAAGGUACUGGAAGAGGUGGCUUUGACUUUUUACAAAUCAAGGACAUUUGGGUUGAAAGCAACCUUUUCGUGCUUUUUGCCCGGAGUUGCAGAACUGACCAAAUAAUUCGAGCAUUAAUAUUGGGAAAUGAAUGUAAAAAAUUCUUAUUACUCGUAAGCAACGCCCCGAUGCAUGCGAUUUUUUUGAAAUCUGUUUUUCACAAAUCGGCAGCCAGGUGAAUCGUGGCACAAGCGCCGGAUGACGUCAUAAAUUCUAAUGGAGACCUAGCAUUUGGCAAGCAGAUGACUCUUUCAGUUCACUGAAAGAUAAUAUUUUUCCAUCAAACGUCAAUAAAUGCUAUUUUGUACGUACGAUCGAGAUAUAUACUACAGGCCCAUUAUAAUGAAUAAUUUGAUUAUACAUUGUACUCAUUUGUCUUCUCAUUGGCUAAGAGCCUACGGUUGAUUUUGGAAAUCAGCACCUACUGAUUUGUCGGUCAACUGCUGGUAGAUAACUGACUUAUCUUUGGGGUUUGGGCACGCAAUGCAUGAUUUCCACGUACAACAGAGAGAAUAGAGAAUUUUUACAUAACUUCACGUAUACAGCAAACGUCAGAUUCAAGUUGAGAAUUUCUCAAAAUAGAAAAUGAGCGUAUAAAAACAGGUCAAAACAAUUCUUAUGGAUAAAAAGACUGCGUGAAACUACUAGUUUAUGUGUAGAAGUAAUGAAACGUAAACGACAAGUAAAGAGGAAACUUGAUCAUGUGGUACAAAUUCGUGUUUGCCGUUUGACGUAAACGUGGUGCUUAACCUUUCUAUUAACAGUCACGUUUACGCUAGCCUGCGUAGCAUGGCGGUUUGCCGGGAGCACGACUGAGCGGCGAACCCUCAAAAGCGCGCGUGAACGAAAAGCGAAGCAGCGACAAAAAUGAAAACUUUUCAAGUUGCUCCCGCACCAAUCUCCUCGCGGUUUCUCUGUCCUCGCCUGCCUUUAUUAUUCAGCGCGCCCAACCAAAACCGCCAUCCUACGCAGGCUACGUUUACGCCAAACGGCAAACGUGAAUUUGUGCCAUGUUACCAACUUUUCCCCUUAGUUGUCUUUUACUGUUUAAGAUACCGCUCUCUCAGUCUAUACCGCGCUCCGACGUGUCUCGGUCUCUAUUUUCCCUCAGAGAUAUUAAACUAGGGAAGCACGCGCGUGAUUCGAGCAUGCGACGGGGUAACAAAAGCACAUUCCGCGGGUUUCGACUAGUUAUUCAUUUGAUACUACGGUAACUGCCUCUCUCUAAGAAGGACACAUGAAAUCGGCAUCAAGUGUCCACUUUAGAGUGAUGUCCGUCUUACAGAGAGUCAACUGAAAGGGUUAACAAAGGCAGGGUCCAACUCUAGGUGUCCGUCUUGUAAAAUCCAACUAAGAGGGGUAAAUAAAGAAAGGCAGGCAUUGACUUUAGGUGUCCGUUUUAGUUGCCUGGGACCAUGCUCGGCUGUGGAGAAAACAAUAGCAAAAAAGGGGUGAAACCGCAUAAAAUCCUCCCCAGACUACAGCUCGGUUCGCUUCGCUCGCUAGUUUUUCGCUGUUGUCCCCAACUGCGGAGCCUGGACCGUGCCUACCGUUUUAUCGAGUUGACCGUUAAAAGAGAGUAUUAUACUGCCUUACUAUUGCUGGGAAAGGAAAGUAUUGAAUGGCUGACACUUCGCGUCUUUCGCACUGUUAAGUUUGCGGGUUUUAUGCCAGUAAAGGGUGUCAAAUACUAUCUUAAAUGAAAGAGUCAUCGUUUUUUUUCCCACAGUAUUUCCUUCUUUGGAUCUCUGCUAUACGGAGGAUACAAAAGCAAAUGUGACCGUUUUGGAUUUGAAAGAUGUCUACGAUAAAGGGCAAAGUCGGCGGAAAGCAAACUCAGAACAGAGAUUAUUGAAGGCUGACGUUCGUCUUAAAGCAACGGCACAAAAACAAAUUCAGGUAUUUAUCGUGAAUAAUGGAAAGCGUUAAACUCAAUGAGAACCUUUAUUUACAGUUUGUAGUAAUUAUAGCAUAAAGGAUAGUGGAGUCGAGAAAAUCGCUAAUAUACCAUGGUCAAUAAUCCCAGCUUGCGAGAAGCAAAUCAAUAGGCCAUUUUAAGUGCGACCGAGCAAUAAAACCUUGGGACUACUGAGGAGAAAUCCAGCUAGCUGUCAUGGCGGGACUUAAACUUGGGGCCACCGCGAUCUGACAUAUAUCAGUUAGGAGUUCGUAUUGGGCGCACUAGAAAUAUGGAGCGCGAGAUAGAAGUUGUGCGUGGGAGAGGAGGAUAAGCGCGAGCACAGAGUGCGUGAGUCCUCAAGCGUUAUCCUACUCGUGGGCAUCGCUUUUUUUUUGGGCGGCGGAAUAAUAUUAAACGUUGCAAACGCCAAAUUGACAUUUUGAAAACUUUGUAUUCCUUGCGUUUUAUAUUUUGUCUCACUCAAUUUGGUCUUGCAGUUCCUACCGUUUGAAAUUCGCUGAGCUUUGCUUCAGAGCCCCUUUAACAAACGAUUUCAAUUGCAUUUAAUUUGGGAAUACGUGCGCUUAUCUUCUGUUUUGUUUUCAUUCAGGGAGUGUCCGCUUACGUGGAGAGAUGUCCAGAAGCAGCCAGGAUUCUUCAGGAUUUGAACGGUCGCGUCCCACUGGAAGUGGAGUACAGCAAAAAAGAACCUUUUUUCGUGAACUUUUCCGUUAACCUUGAUUCAGUGUACAUUACUCAUAAGGGAAUAAAAGUGUACGAACUUUCGCGCGUCAAGGGAGAAGAAAGAAACAUUUUUCGGUUGAUCGUUGUGUUGCAUUUUCUGGAUGGAUCAACAAAGGAGUUUAUAAGCAAGCAUUUCCAAGUUCAAAGCAAAAAGCACCAAAAACAAAUUCUAGGUUAGUACAAGUAAAUAAAUGGUUUUGUCUUUGAAAUAUGCUCGUUUACAGACCAAGAUACUGGAUACUGGGAUGUGCGGAGAGUAAAAAAAUGUUUUUUACGAGGCAGUUUUUACUAAAAUAUGCCUGAUUUGUUACCAUUUGUUUUACGUGUCAGAUCCUUUGCCAAAUCUUUCAGCUGGGCGAGUUCUUCUAACAUGCGGUCAGUUCAUACCCUGGGUCUUUUGUCACACAUACCUCGUUCCCAGGGCUCUCUCCAACCGGUUUCUGGACGGGUAGGACAGAACCUUGGGAAAGACGUUGCUAGUUGAGUCGUUUUCGUGCCCUGCAUGUAUUAGAUACAGUAAAACCCCGCGUAUAAGAACCGGGGUUUUAAGAAUCUGUUAGGCUAAAAUUUUCAUUUUAAGCCCCCUCCACAUAAGAACCUAUUAACCCAUAUUUUUUAAGUUAGGUUCUUAUUAGUGGAGUUGCUGUAAGAGUGUAUCAACUUUGAAAUGGCAUUUCAGAGAACUGACAAUGAGUUUGUUUGUUAUGUUUUGUUAAGGACAUGCCUGCAAUGUACUGUGCCUUUAGGCAUUAUGAUAUGAACGAUUUAUAUUGUAUUAUGAGAUGAUAUUUAUAAUAUACAUAAAUGAAAUUCAUAUGAAAAUAUAAGAACCUAUUUUAAGAACCUUGGUAGUCUAAAUUUGCUUUAAGUACCAUUUAUAUAAGAACCUGUUGAGGCUAAAUUUAAAAAUCCAGGUUCUUAUACGCGAGUUUUACUGUAGUAAAAAUGGUAUUGAUGAAAGCCUUUCGCCGGAAUUUGUUUGUUUCUUUUUCUGGCGCUAAUCUAUAAUAAGCAAUGAAAACACAUUCUUUCUCUUGCUUAGAUGAAGAUUCGUCAAGUGAUAAUGGCUAUUAUGGCACCCCUAGUCCAGAAAAUAAGAGGAAAAGACCAAAACGUAAGUCAACGGAACUUCUCUUGUUUUAUAUUAUCAGGGGGGAGAUCCAGACCUUGGCUUGAGAUAAGUCAGGGGGUGGGUAAUGGGCCCUCUCAAAACGACAGCAAAUCUCCCUCAUCUAUAACGUAGUUCUGAGAAAUACCUUUGCCGCAUUCCUCUCACUGCGCUUUUCAAAAACACGCGAACUCUAAAGUUCAAAAGCAGCCUUCAUAAAUGCGUUUUUUGCUGCCCUCAAUCAUAAUUACCAUCAUGAUCACAAGCAACGAACCUUGAAACAGAGAAACACACGAAACGGAUCGAAAUUCGCCAAUCACAAAUCACAAACCGUGACCUUUUGAGCCCGUUAAAGUAAAAUUCUGUUUCCUAAGAGGUCCGCUGAAAAUCGCAAAACGGCAGUUGGCUUUUUCAACUUUAGAAUUCACGUGUUUUUGAAAAGCGCAGUAACAAAGGCGUCAACUCGAGGAUUCGGUGGACAUAAUACAGUGAUUUGUAUGAAAUUGCUUUUCGUGCCUCGACCUCAUUUUUUAUCUUGGCUCACUGGGGCGGAAUGCGUGAAAUGUCUACAUGUAUUCUUGACGAAAUCAUCUUUAACCCUUGAAGCCCCAAGAUCAACAUACAAAUUCUCCAAACUGGUCUCUAUAGAUUUCCUCAAAGAAUAAUUUGAGAGACUUUGAUAAUAGAUCAAUAGGUGUUUUCUCUUUGGUGAUCAUUUAUCAAUUGUCAUAACCUUAUCUCUUGACUAUUUAUGGAUAUUGUUUGGAGAAAAUUGAUGUUGAUCACUAUUGGGACUUCAAGGGUUAAAAUGUUUAAGCUAGGUGCCACUCAGUCCUCGUACCUUGCAAUGACUCGGUAAUUUACUUCGCAUAAUUGUUGAACAUGUGACCAUACCUUAAAGAGCAUUAAGUUUGCCAAUCGUUAGGCCAAUGUGGUGAAAGGGUGGAAGAUUAUCCUUAUCUAAUACGGUUCCUUGUUUACUUCUAGUUGAAGAGGCCAGUCCACUUGGCAGUAUAGGCAGUGAUCUGAAUAGCGACAGCAGUAAGUUCAUUCAUUGACAUACGUGGUAGUAAAUUUAUUCACUUACAAUGUACGUUAUACUGGAACUCGACACAAAUGUUGAAUUCUUUGCCAAAUGAUGUGUAAAUGGAUAAGCUAGCUUUAAGUUUUUUUCACCCUCUAGUAAUUGGAAACCACACGAUUAACGGCUCAUUGAUGUUUUUGGGACUUUAAGUCACACACCUUUAUUAAAACAUCCACUUGCAAGCAACUCUAGAGACCGCGAUCAUGUUCUCUUUUUUUUCUCGCGCCGUCUCACGCCUUCUGUCACACCCGAUGGAAGGAUUAGCUUGUUAAAAGUGGUAGCAGCGUGGAUUUCCUUUAGUUGACCACUCAGCGAGAAACAGUUGCCCCUGUCUAGAUCCUAGCAUGUGGGGUCCUUAUGAAUAACUUUAUUAACUUGAAACCAUGACCUUAAAGCACGUUUAUGUAGUAACGAUUGUUAACAGUGACUUUGCUUUCCUUUAGGCGUUGUAGCCUCCGAAGUUGUCACGGACCGCCUUGAAGCUAAGUCGGCCGUCAUAAAUGAACUACAAGUUAACAAGCCAAUCUUAACUCCCAGAGGGGACAUCGCUUAUCAUUUUAAACUGGAGAAAUCCAGCCAUGACCUUCCUUUAGAAGAGGGCGACGUCGUUGGAUUUUUUGGAGAACCGCAUGGAAAGAGUCACAUUGAGAAACUAACACAUUUUAAUGCGUCAAAGGCAAAAAUGGCGGGUGUCAUUAGCAGAUCAGCCUACCUUGAAGCCAAAACGCCAGCUGAGGACGAAGAAAAAGGUAAAAAAAACGGUACUUCGUAGAAAACUCUGUCUUGGGGCAAAACUAAGUUUCAAUUUGUUUUAGCAGAUGCAUGCUUGCAGCAAAACCUAGCAGCUCACUCGAGCGUUCUCUCGCUGCUUGCCUCGAUCGCUACAUAUGGAGAGCGCGUCCUACAUUGAUUUAAAAAGUUUCUGUAUCUUCUGAUUUUCAGAUCUCAGCGACCUUGUCUGUAUAAUUGGAAUGGUGAACGUCAAGGUUCUUGGCUCGGUCGAAAACGGCGAGCGGUUGUAUUCCUCUCUGGAGCACCCGGGAGUGGCUAUACCCCAAAGCCGCCUUUGUGAUGCUGUGUCUAAAGACGCCUUUCUCCUCGGCCAAACGCUUGAAGGAUCGGACGCUAAUACGAGCAACAUUCAUUUGGUUCAGUCUUUUGUUUCGGCCUUGUUAAGCAUUACUAACGGACACUUGGCGGACGCUUUCGAUGAUGUUCGAAAACACUUGAAAGAGGAUGUUAAAACUGAGGUCAAGGCAGUCAAAAAGAAGUGUUUGAGAGGUAACUUAGUGGCAACCGUUACUUUUUUAAAAACAGUUAUAGAAAAAGCUCACCUCAUUUGAACGUCAAUGUAUUAAGUACGAAAAAAAUAAUCGAGAACACUGGAGAUGGGACCGCCCUCUCUACGUGGUCAAGUAAGUCUUGCUAAGGUUGAGCUGUUUUGCUGGCAAAGGCAGUGCUUUCAUUUCCCAGUUAUGUACCUCGGCUCUGACGUAAUACUGUCAUAUAACUGGCUCUAGACACAGACAAUAGUAUUUAGAUUUCCCUUUAGCUCGCAGCUUGAUUGCCAAUCGAAUUAGAUCAGUAUGAUCAAAGAUCUCAAAAGUUCGAACUAACGAUGCACACAAAUGAAUCAUAGCAUGCUAACAAGAACCGCAGGAAAGGGUUCCUCUGUAGCUUUCGCUUGAACGCCUGAUCUGUUAACAGUUAACAUAUAGGCAUGACCCUUUCGCUGUUUGAUGGCAUACACUCAGAAUGAUUGUAUACAGCACUUGGCUAAACCAAUAGGAUCUUGCGUCUCUUUUUGGUUUAGACAAAUGGGAGUCUUUCUAAUAUGACCUGUUCUUGACGUCUUUAGGUUUUCGUCGCUGGUUGCUUGCGGGCUUCAUCCUAGCCGUUCUAUUAGGAGUUUUGCUGUAUCAGUUAUUUGCACCUGGCACCGCCUUUCGUUAUUACAGAUGUCAACUAGGCAGUAUUAAAAACAGUGAAAUGUGGUUUACAUUCACGACAGCUGAUAAGCAGGUACUUUGCUUUUUUUCUUGCACACCUUGGUUCUCUUUGUCGCUUUUUAGCACAUACAGGUGCGUUAGGGAGAGAUCCAGAUGGUGGCCGGGAUAUUGGGUUCCUUCGCUCAUUUUUUGUUUGUUUGUAUGGACUGAGCAGUACCGGAUCCAGACCUUGUGGUCAUCCAGACCCUUAGAUAAGGGGGAGCCCGGUCUCCAAAAAAGUUUUUUUUCGGCCCUUCGGGCCUCAGUUUGGUUGAGGGGUUCCCCCCUGGAUCCACCACUGCUGAGUUUAAGCUAAGGUACAAGAACACGUGAAGUAAGACCGAGGCUAAUACCCAUCCACCUUCCCUGAGGUCCCGUUCAUAUGGAGAUAAGUUGUCCCAGGAAAGAGCAUCACUCUCCCAGCCGAGUCAACUGUGGCUAGCGUACAUAUGAGAAAAAAGUAGACCCCUUUGCCUGAGCCAAGAGGAGCCAAGGGGUGACAUCAGCCCUUGCGCAUGCUCUGUUUGUCUCUUAAAAUGGUGACCAGGCUAGUCGAGUCACCCUUAUAGCCGAGCCACCUUUUUGUUACGCAUAAGGGUUCACAAAAUUUUGCAAGGAAAUGUUAAAAAAAGUUACCUCGCCUGGGGUUACUCGGGUAGGCGAGGAUCCUUCUAUCCGGAACAACUUUUCUUCAUAUAAAAGGGGCCUGAACAACCCUGGUAAAUAAAGAAUUUAGAGCGAUUUUCAUGUGACCUUGAAAAAUGGUUUCGGUAAGUGUUCGUUAUUUGUUUUAUUAGCCAAUGGACGACAAGAUCAAGACAUGGCCUGUUCGUUUUCCCGCCAUAGAAAACCCUAAUAUGGAAAAGGCAUUGUUUGAUUGGCUAAUCUUGUUGCAGUAUGACGUCAAAGCGAAGUAUCGAUUGAUUUCUAGCAAGUUCUCGGGCAUGAAGUUUGUCACCCGAGCGUUCGCUUAACCAACCAACAGCCACACGCUUUUGUAUCCGUUCGAUAAACCAAUCAAAUCGCUCUAUUUUCCGGUUCGUUUGUUUUUUCUGUUGUGUUUGCUCGUUUUCAUUUCAAGGUUGUACGAAAAUCACUCUAAAGAAUUUAUUACAUGACCAAAAGAAAGUGUUUUCUUGCGAGAACAAGGCGGGUAUUCCUGAGCGCGAAAAUAGGCCCAUCAAAAUCCUAGACUCACCCCUGAUACCUAUUGCAGAUAUGGCCUGUUGUACUUUUUAGUACAUAAAUGUUUUAUUUGUCGUAAUUUCUAACCUAAUUUUAUUUGUUUCUUAAACCAGAUUCCUCGAGUUCACGGUGUUGAAUUUACUUUCGAUAAAUUGAAGAGCAAAAUGGACUUGAAGUUUGGCAAAAUAAAUCAAACAGGUAGGGAAAUGAAUCUUGAAUGGUGAACAUCGGGGAGUCUUUGUUUACAAUAGACCCGGCCUUCCAAGUUUUUGUUUUAUUUUUGUUUGUUUGUUUUCAAGUUUUGAUAUAGAGCAUUAAGCGCAAAUCCAUUGAGACUGAUGGAAAAUGGGCCUUGAAAUAAGGUGCCUUAAACUUCCUCUUACAAGCGCCGCCCCCCCCCCCCCCCCCCCCCCCCCCCCACACCCACCCACCAACCUCCGUGUCCCCACCCCGCACUAACACGACCACAUAAACAAAAUAAACAACAAAAAAAACCACAAAAACCAACGACUAACAUCAGCAGACACACUCUAGUUUUAUCUUCCAAGUAUGCACAAACACACACCGCACAUGCAGUCACUUCCUAUUUUUUUUUUUGUUUUUUUUUUUUUUUUUUACAAGUUUUAUAUAGAGCAAUAACGGGAAAAUCCAUGAGAGCGGGAGAAAACGGGGGCUUAAAAAAAGGUGCUUUAACCUCCCCUUUCCACCGCCCCCCCCCCCCCCCCCCCCCCCCAGUUAUAGGCCCAUAUAGGUUCCUUCUGUAGUUAACGAGGCACAGAUUACGUACAACAAAAGAAACAUUACAAACAAACAAUAAAGCCCCCAGGAGAACUCUACUGUUUGCUUUCUUUGUUUCUUUUGUGAUGACAGUACCUGCAGAAAAGGCCCCCCAUCUACCUGUAAACACAAUAAGCCCCCCUAUAGCUUGUAUUGAAAUGAAUUCGAAUUUUUACGACGUUUGAUCAUCACUGCUGUGUCGCUUGUUUUGAAACGCUUUUUUCAGUCCGGUUAUAAGUCCCCCAGGAUACAAGCUUCCCUCCCCCCCCCCUCCUCCUUUAUCAACCCUCCUAAAACCCCUACGAAGUUUUAUAAGCUCAGGGCUUAAAAGCGGAAGUUUACAGUAACUUACCAAGUUUAAAGAUGAUACCUCCAACGAGAGCGAAGAUAUUGCUUUACAAAGUCUCGAAAUUUUGCAGACGUUUGUAUGGUAGUGGCAAGGCUCAAAGGCUCAACAAAUCACUUUCACGUUUGGCAUCUUAACUGACUUAUAGCACUUACUUAGAGCGCCGGAUUGUUUGAAAGUGAAGGCGGAAUACGAUGACUCGGACUCAAAGCGGUCAUUUGCGCUGAGAAAGACGAAGAUCACAAAGAAAUAAUCGUAACAACACCGCUGACUUGUUGAUUUUUACCCAAUUUUUCAUUCUUCAUUUCAGACGCCCGCUAUUACCUUAAUCUCGACCGAUGCGCUUACGGCGGAAUUCGACUUGUAGGAUCGCCGUUGGAUGGCAAAGAAAUGGUCCGUGGAGCCGAAAUAGUGGCAGUAAAUCACAACUGUUCAACUGUUUAUUAUCACGCUGAAUACUGGACACCUUAUGUGAGCGGAAGGGACAUUGUUUGCACGGCGCAUCCCUGAGAAAAGAGUGAGAAAGAACUCUGUUUCUUUGCGUUUACGGGAAACACGCGAUCUCUUUUAUAAGAAGACUCCCCAAGACGACAAUUCAACGUUGAACGUUGGAGAAGCCAGGUUAUUUCCACGCGGUGACGUUUUUUAAUGCACACGCAACGUUUUCAGUGUUUUUUUUUCCGCUGACAUUAAGAGACAGUGCACAUCAAAGCGGAAACCAAGAAUACAUUUUAUAAAACUCAGUGCAUAGCUUUUUAGGUUUGGUUGUCGUGGUAAACGUUUGUUUAAGUAAGGUUCACGUCAAAUGACUGGGUCAAGAUUUCUUGUAUAUAGAGAAUGAUUCACGAUGUGGUAAAGUUUGUAUUGAUGCGUUGGAAUAACGACGCUGUAUCUUGUCCAAAGAACUUUGUUUUACCACGAUUUUUUCUUCAGCACUACCCGUUUAGUGAAGUGCGCGAAAAAAAGAUUGUCCACCGUGAUUAACACAUGUAGUGAUUCCCAAUAAAUUACCGGUUGGGCCCUGUUACAGUUAAUGCUCAUUUCUAAAGAUGUUUGCUACAGCCCUUGACUCCCUUGCGUGAGUCAAUUCUGUACGUAUCAUCUUCGACUGUUUUAUAGGCACCACACAAAUUAAUUUUUUUGGAUAAUCGUAUAAUAAUUGACAACUGCGCCUCAUGCACAUCCAGGUAAAUAGUAGGUUGCUAUAGUUCUCCCGGAAUACAUAAUUAUUUUACCAUUUGUAGACUAUGAGGAGAAAUUUAUGUGACUUUGGAACGUAAGGAAAUGAGAUGGUUAUUAAUAUUUAUAGUGAUGUUACAAUGUACUAUUUUAGAAGAUUAGGAAUUUUUCGUACUCAUUCAAUACGAAACUUAUAAUACCCAAUCGAUGAUUAUAUUUCAAAGGGGGUUUAUAUACUAAAAGUUCAUGCCAUUAUAGACAUUCGAGGAGAUCUGCUCCAAAAAGUACUUACUGAUGACUGUUUUCACAGACCCUUUUUGUUGUGUAGCCCUGAUACCUGAUAUGUCACUUUUGCGCAUGCUCAGAGAACGCCUCGAAGGCUGGUCCUUCGUUUUGAAUUAAAUUUUGUUGUAUUAGUUAUGGAAUUUGUAAUUGCUUUUUUGUUUAAUAUCGAAGUGUACAAAAACUUUAAGAUUAUUUAACUGAAUACAUUAUUGCAGUGUAGACUUAAAGCCGCGCGCUUUUUGAAUGGCUUAUACACGCGCAGGGACGAUAGAACAAAGGAAAAGGGGACAUUUUCAUGCGGUUAUUACUAUAAAUUAUGGGAAGAAAGCGAGCUGGGAGUAUUUUUUUUCGUUUCAUUUUAUUGAGAAGCUGUUUGUAAUCUAUUAAAAAAUGUCGCUAGUGAUUGUAAUGAAUUAGAAAAAAGGUAAAAUUAUGUAAAAUUUAUUAUGUAAAAAUUUGGUAACUGAAUUCUCAGUUUAGUUUAAAAAGUAUACAAUAGAUAAAGAAACCGACACCAAGUAUAAACUGUUAUUAAACAGUACUUUGACAAUUGCCGUGAAAACACUCAACAAAUGUUCAUCAUACUCGACUGUGGUUCGUGAUUUUGAAUACAUUUUGUGAUAGCUUUGUAAUUGAUAUUGACGAAUGUACCAAAAUAAAUUGAUUUAUAUAAAUUGGUGGUGCCUGUGAGUGAUAGUUUUACUUUCUCGAAAAUCCUUUUUCCAGGGCAUCUCUUCUUCCAUUCAGUGAGACCAUUCAGAGAGAAACUGGGAACCAGGUUAAGAUCUCGACUGAUAAAUGAGAAGAGUUUAAGCUUACGGUAAACGAGAAACGGCAGAAAUUAUCUGAACUAACUUUACCCCAGUUUGAGAGCU